CUGAGAGAGUGAUGAGAUUCACGUUCGCAUGUAUCUAUGCAUGUAUGUGGCAUAUGGUGAGAAGAUAUUUUGUAGGAUUUUCGCGGUUGUGAAGCAAAGUAUAGAAGGCGGUUUGAAAAUUCUGAAAUUCUCUUUCUCUCUCUUUCUUCCUCCACUCAAUUUAGCAGACUUUUAAGAUAUUUUCACUGCACAACUUAAGACUCAGCAUGAGGUCUUCCUCUUCUUCUUACUUUUCUAGCGUUCAAUUAGGGUUUUGGAUUAAUGCAGCAGAAGCAAAUUGAUUGAGAAUGGGUGAAGUGGCGGGUGAGAAGGGUGUGAUGCAGACUCAGGAGGAACAGAGCAACAAUGGCUCCAUGGUUCGGUGGGAACGUUUUCUGCCUCGGAUGGUGCUUCGGGUGUUGCUUGUGGAAGCUGAUGAUUCGACUCGACAGAUCAUUGCUGCGCUUCUCCGUAAAUGCAGUUACAAAACAAAGCAUCUGACACUAGAUCUCAUAUUAACUGAGUGGAUUUGCACAUCAAUAUCUGGAUUUUCACUUCUUAGUUUAAUCAUGGAGCAUGACGUUUGCAAAAACAUUCCCGUCAUAAUGAUGUCUUCUCACGAUUCAGUUAGCAUGGUGUUCAGAUGCAUGUUAAAAGGUGCAGCUGAUUUUCUUAUAAAACCUGUUCGCAAGAAUGAGCUAAGAAACUUGUGGCAGCAUGUGUGGAGAAGGCAUGUCGAUAUUUCACAGCUGAAAGAGUUCUUCAAAUUUGAGACCGAUAUGGCACAAUUAAGCAUGACAACUCUACAAAAUGUGAAAGGGAUCAGAUAUCAGCAUAAUGACAAAGCUGGAGGUCAAGGAUAUGAUUUUGGUGAAAUGAGAAAUCAGGAUGAAGUUCUAAGAAUAGAGUUGAGCAAAGCCAAUCCUGCAAUUAGUGUUGAUAUUCGUGGAAGCAGUGAUGAAUUGGAAGGUCCGUCUACUGGGGCCAUUGACUUGAUUGGUACAUUCAAGACACUUCCAGAGAGAUAUUUUCCUGGAGGCUCGUACAAAGCUGUAUUUGAGGAAAGGCAAAUAUUGAACCAUUCAAAUGCUUCUGCCUUUUCUAGGUAUGGUAGUAGUAAAUUGUUGCAGCCCCUUUGUCCAACACCAUCAACUAUCUCUGCAAAAUUAACAAACGACACAGGACUCAUCCUGCUGCUAGUGAGACUUGCUGAUACUCGCCCUUUACAUGAUAUCAACAACAAUAACUUGUGUGUGUGUUACAACAAGCAUAGGCUGCUACAAGUGAUGGAAAUACUAUCUAUACUCAGCCAAGGUAGCCAAGGACAACGCACUGAAAGUUCACUGAUAUUAGGUCACCUUAGUCAUGAUGGAUACAUAGGAUUCAGAUUCUCAUCGCUACCAGCCAACGAGAGAGCAGCUUCUAACAAGUUUCGACUUAAGCGUAAAGACAUAUGCUAUGAGAAAAAGGUACGAUAUCAAAGCCGGAAGAGAUUGGCAGAGCAGCGCCCUCGGGUGAAAGGGCAAUUUGUUCGCCAAGUAGACAGUAGUCAUCCGGUAUCAGAUCUGGGUGGUGAUUCCUGAAAUUAUUUUCUUAUGGCUUAUUGAAAUUACCUUCAUCACUGAAUUAAAAUUUGACUUCCAGAACUGAUUUGCCUAUCUCGACAAGGAUUAACUAUAGGUAUAGUGUGUCUGGUGAAAUAUGUACCUUUUAGCGUUGUUAGUAUUUUCUUAUGACUGGUCAUCUUGGUUGUCUUUUAGAAUGUAGGAUUGUAAUUAUUUAGUAGGAUUGGUUUGAAAUUUUGAUUUUAUCUCGUGUAUAUGUUUCUCAAUUGAAUGCUAGUAUAGGGUUAUCCUUAUAUAGGCAGUGGUAUGCUUUCAUCUUAAAGGGUUGAAAUAUGAUGUAAAAUGGAGUUAUAUUUUAUAUGGAUUGUAAUCUUUCUUUAA